AUGGCAGCCCGCAAUGCGCUCACCAGCCUGUCCUUCACUGUCGACUCGGCCUCUGAAGACGAAAUGACACACGACGAACUCAAUGCGCUUCCCACCCCCGAAUCCAAUAGCGAAAACAAGGCGCCGAAUCGCAAAGCCCGCGGCAUCACAACGCAAUCCAAGAAGACGGCCGUGUCUUCGACCAAAGCUGCCGCCAAAGGAAGGCCUGCGACGCGUCGCGUGAGCGGAAGCAGUGUGCUGGGUGUCAAGAAGAUCAACGCGGCAGUCGCAAAGAAGGCACCUGCUAAGAGCAGGCGUAAGGCGCUAACUGAGCGCAAGCACGGCAACACGAGCGACACUGAGGAGGUCGACGAGUUCGAAGAGGAGCAACCCAUUGCGCCAGUACAGCCUGCCAAGAGAGGCAGGCCGGCAAAAAAGGUACAGGAGGAGCAGCCUCAAAUCGGAACGCAAGCAGAAUGCGCCUGA